AUGUAUCCAGGACAGUUUAAUCUGCAUAUUAUAGACAAAAAUGCAGUAAUCAAUCGACCUUAAAAUGCUCUUUAUAAUAAACCUUAUGUUUUGAAACUAAGAAACUAGUCAGUCUUUUAAGAUCAAAUCUAACAAGGAAAAGACGUGUUAACUGACAGUUAUCUCUCAUAAAGUAGUGAGUAAAUAUAUUAUAAAGUGUAGACAAUCUUAACACUAACUCAUGAAGUCAAAAUUGCAAGAAAUAGAGAAUUUAAGUUUAAAGCAGCGUAAUGAAUUUUUGAGUCAAAAAAUUAACGAAUAAUAAAAAGAAUUAUCUAAGCUCUGGAAAUUGUGCUAAAAUCAUUUGCUGCCUCCAGUUACCUAAUCAAAAUAAAAUGGAUCAACAGACUCAGAAUUUUAGGAUUCUCAAUUUCGAAAUGGAUUUGAAACAAGAAGAGCCGAAUCAUAUGAAUAUUAAUAUUCCCCUAGAUAUGACAAUUAAUCUGACUCUAUUUCGUAUAGGCAGACAACUAGGAAAUACAAGAAGCAUAGAAUUUAAUAGAAAAAUUCCGUAGAUUUGUAAAAUUAAUCAGAGAAAUUUUCAUAUUUACAUAUACCUGCUAGCUACAAAAAACCCACAUACAAAGAAAAUAAACUUCCUCACAGAAAAAAGAGAUAUAGAAUAAACACUUCUCGCUUAAAAAGUCUAUUUUUCAUUCAUCCUAGCUUAUAUUAGAUGGACAAAAAAUUAUAGGUAUUUAUUUUAUAAUUAUAAAAAGGCAAAAAAGAAAUCAAAAAAUCUAAGAAUUGAAAUAAAUUCGUUAGAAGUAUACAAAAUGCCUUUAAACUAUAAGCAAUUAAAAUGUACUAAUUUGCAAAUUAAUAAUUAAAAAAUGGAUAUCUCAAAUUAUUGA